CUCUCUCUCUCACACUCACACACACACACACACACACACACACACACAAGAAAUAGCUCUAGCAUCGAUUCAUCGAUCAAAUUCUAGGGUUAACUGGAAUAUUUUCAUGCUCCUGAUUCCUAUUCUUGAGUUGAUAAUUCGUUGUUAAUAUUUUUUUCUCCAAUUAGAUUAAAGCAUUUCAUUUAUAGCAGAGAAGAUGGGGAGUCCGGAGAAGAACCAAAGCGAUGGAGGUUUCUUCUCAACCAUGACGUCAAUGUUCAGCAACGCCAUGCAUAGAUCUGUCAGUGGAUUGCUUGGUUACGAAGGUGUUGAAGUUAUAAAUCCAGAAGGAGGUAAAGAAGAUGCUGUAGAGGAAGCCCAGAGAGGAAGAUGGAAGCAGGAGGAUCGAGACAGCUACUGGAAGAUAAUGCAAAAAUAUAUUGGUUCUGAUGUUACAUCCAUGGUGACACUUCCUGUUCUCAUAUUUGAGCCAAUGACAAUGGUUCAAAAAGUGGCGGAGUUAAUGGAAUAUUCUCACCUUUUAGAUCAAGCAGAUGAAUGCGAGGACCCAUACUUGCGGUUGGUGUAUGCAUCAUCAUGGGCAAUAUCUGUUUACCAUGCAUUCCAACGUACCUGGAAGCCUUUCAAUCCAAUUCUUGGAGAGACUUAUGAAAUGUUUAACCAUGGUGGGAUUACAUUAGUUGUGGAACAGGUGAGCCAUCAUCCUCCUAUGAGUGCCGGACAUGCUGAAAAUGAGCAUUUUACUUAUGAUGUGACUUCUAAGUUGAAAACGAAAUUCUUAGGGAACUCUCUUGACAUCUAUCCUGUUGGAAGGACUCGCGUGACUCUUAAAAGCGAUGGUGUUGUCCUGGAUUUGGUUCCACCUCUUACUAAGGUUAAUAAUUUGAUUUUUGGACGAACUUGGGUGGAUUCACCAGGAGAAAUGGUCCUGACAAAUUUAACUACUGGAGAUAAAGUUGUUCUCUAUUUUCAACCUUGCGGUUGGUUUGGAGCUAAUAGAUAUGAGGUAGAUGGAUAUGUCUAUAAUGCUCAAGAGGAACCCAAAAUAUUGAUGACUGGAAAAUGGAAUGAGUCAAUGAGCUAUCAACUGUGUGAUUUGGAAGGGGAACCUCUCGCUGGCACAGAACUGAAAGAGGUUUGGCAUCUUGCAGAAACUCCAGAAAAUGACAAAUUCCAGUAUACUUACUUUGCACAUAAAAUAAAUAGUUUUGACACUGCUCCAAAGAAGUUGUUAGCAUCGGAUUCUCGGCUGCGUCCUGAUAGAUUGGCACUAGAGAAAGGUGAACUCUCCAAAGCUGGUGCUGAAAAAAGCAGUUUGGAGGAGAGGCAGAGAGCUGAAAAGAGAAAUCGAGAAGAAAAGGGCGAUCAGUUUACACCAAAGUGGUUUGAUAUAACUGAUGAAAUUACACCAACACCAUGGGGAGAUUUGGAAGUAUUCCGUUAUAAUGGGAAGUACACUGACCAUCGAACUGCUAUUGAUUCAUCAGACGCCAUUGCCAUUGAUUUAAAGGACGUCCAGUCUAUGGAAUUUAAUCCAUGGCAGUAUGGCAACUUAUCUUAGGAAUGAGAGCAUCCUAAAUUUGUUGGAAAUUGCUUUUUGUACAGCGCUAUAUGUGUAUAGCACUGUCACAAACGUGGGGCCCCGGGAAUAUCUUAAUUGGGGGUCUCACCUCUUGUAUGUGAAAGGACUGUCAAUCAUAUUGUCAAAAUUGUUGUGCUUGUAGUAAGACUCAAAUUUGUUCGGUUGAUGGACGAGUUUUCGGUGUGUGCAUUGUAUAUUUAUCGAAAUUUUGCUUAAUAGUUUAUAUUAGCUUGCACUUUCUACUUUAUAAAUUUAUUGUCUUAAUUGCAACUUUUAGCGUAAA